GUAAACUCGUGAUCAGUUGGUGAGCAAGGCAAGGCACAUCAACUGAGAGUUGCGUCGUUUUAAUUUUCCCAGAAAUACGCCGUUCCUGUGCACUCACUCGUUGCAAUUUUCUGUCAAUCGGAUCAACCGACGUGUUUCGUGCACCCUAGGUCGAGGACGGUCGCUGAUCAGAAGUAGCGUAAAAUGGCAUCACGCAAGAAAGUGCUCUUGAAGGUGAUCAUCCUUGGUGACUCCGGCGUUGGGAAAACUUCGUUGAUGAAUCAGUACGUCAACAAGAAGUUUUCGAACCAGUACAAAGCGACCAUCGGUGCCGAUUUCCUAACCAAAGAGGUUAUGGUUGACGAUAGGAUAGUAACUAUGCAGAUUUGGGACACUGCUGGGCAAGAAAGGUUCCAGAGCUUAGGAGUGGCUUUCUACCGAGGCGCAGACUGUUGUGUGUUGGUGUUUGACGUGACCGCACCAAACACUUUCAAGAGUCUCGACAGCUGGCGGGACGAAUUCCUCAUCCAGGCCUCGCCCAGAGAUCCGGAGAACUUCCCCUUUGUCGUUUUAGGCAAUAAGGUUGACCUUGAAAGCAGAGUGGUGUCUGCGAAGAGAGCGCAGCAGUGGUGCGCCAGCAAAAACAACAUCCCAUUCUUCGAGACGAGCGCCAAAGAAGCAAUCAACGUGGAGCAGGCCUUCCAAACGAUCGCCCGCAACGCUCUGGCCCAAGAGAGCGAGGUGGAGCUCUACAGCGAGUUUCCGGACCAGAUCAGACUCGGCGGUGAAGGACAACGCGGCUCAAGGGCAGCUGGAGACAACUGCUCCUGCUAACCACACCAGAUGCCCAGUGAGAUUACCUGUAUCAAAAGAAAAAUAUCAGCAGAAGCAAGGGUGGCAGAGCCUAAUGUGCUGCUCAGCUUUUUCAUUCCACCAAAAUGUCUUUUUAAUCUGCUCGUUUAAACCUGCUCUCAUUGUGCAACAAUCAUCAAAACAGCAGUGACACAGAAACUCUCAUUUGUACUACAACCUUAUUUCUGUUUUUUUUUAAUUGAUGAAAGUAGGUGGUUGUUGUUAAUGAGCCCCAAAAAAUUGGCCAUCGAUGUUUUGUAAAUGAUUAGAAAAUCUGGCGCUUGCGAAUUUUAUGCUUUUAUAAGUACGAUUUUCAAUCUCAAAUAAUAGUUAAGUGCGAGCAUAUUAUGAAUUCUUUUGUUUACACAUACAAAUUUUACUGCAAUACUGUGUAGGCUGCUUUAAUUUAACUCGGAAGUAAAGAAACCAUCAUAUUCCUCAUAACAAUUAACCUUCGACAGGUAAAGUUGAUGGAUGAUCCAGCAAGAAUUUGUGUGAAUGCAAUUUGAGAAGUGGCUGGAAUUCGAUCGAGAGUGCUCGAAACAUUACUAAUUAUCUAUCCAGCAUAGUUUGCCGAUUAUUGUGAUUCACUUGAAUUAAUAUGUAAUAAACUAAUCCAUUUCACAUGA